CGCGGGCUGCCUGCUUUUAUAUAUUUUUUUUAAUUUUUACCUUCCCUGGAGCUUCAAAUAUUUUAGAUCAUGGUUGUUCCUCACACUAUCGCUAAAAAGCGGGACAGAAACGAAAAGUUAAGGCUAGCUUUAAUUAAAGCUCGCGUCUUAAAGAGAAGGGAGGUCACUUUGAAACGAAGAGGUUUUAUUAAGAGAACAGCAAGAUAUUAUAAAGAAUAUGAAAAUAAAAAAAAGGAAUUAAUCCGCUUAGAUCGCCAAGCGAAAAAAGAAGGCAACUUUUUUGUGAAGCCUGAGCAUAAGGUUGCCUUCGUUGUUAGAAUACGUGGAAUUAACAAGAUUGAUCCCAAGUCUAGAACUAUAUUAAAGCUUUUACGCUUGCACCAAAUUCACAAUGGUGUUUUUAUCAAAGUUAAUAAGGCCACUAUGAAUAUGGUGCGAAGAGUAGAACCUUACGUGACGUAUGGUUAUUUAAGUUUGAAGACAGUGAGAGAUCUUAUUUACAAGCGGGGUCACGUAAAAUUUAACGGCCAGAGAAUUCGUAUUCAAGACAAUGAUGUUAUUGAAAAUAAACUUGGCCGCUACGGUAUUCGUUGCAUUGAAGAUUUAAUCCAUGAAAUUUAUACCUGCGGUCGUAAUUUCAAGCGAGCUAACAAUUUUUUGUGGCCUUUUAAACUCAGUUCUCCUCGAGGUGGUUAUGUGAAAAAGGGCAUUCAUUUUCAAGAAGGUGGUGAUUACGGCAAUAGAGAAGAAAUGUUAAGUCAGUUUGUUGCUAGAAUGAAUUAGUUUCUUUG